CCCCUCGACCAGCUCGUUUUCACAAUGAACGAGCCCAAGGCUGGCGCGGAAAUCGACGACGUGCUCAACACGGAAACGCAACUCAACGGUCUCCUUGCGCCCUACAACCGCGCCGUCACACGGCCCAGCGACGCGGAAUUCGCAUCCAGUGUUCCCCAAUCUCACCGGAAAGGCGAGACGGCAUACCACGUCAAAGCCCAUCGGGGCAGUAAAGAGGGCUAUCUCUUCUUCCUGCCGCACGGGGUAGUCUUUGGUUUCAAGAAACCGCUGGUAUUCUUCCCCUUUGGCGUGAUUGAGAGUGUGAGCUAUACAUCUGUGUUGCAGAGGACGUUUAAUCUGGUCGUUGCGGCGACGGAACCGGGUGCUGUGGGUGCAGCUGGGACAGGAGAGGUGAAAGAGACGGAAUUCAGUAUGUUGGAUCAGGCGGAUUUUGCGGGCAUCGAUGCGUACAUCAAGAAGCAUGGUUUGAAUGAUGCGUCAAUGGCGGCGCAGAGGAGAGCUAAGGCGUAUAACGUGAACAAGGACAAUAAGAAGGUCUUGACUUCAACGGAUGCGAACGGCGGGGGUUUGGCGUUGGUGGAAGGCGAAGAGGAGGAUGAGGGCGGUGUGGAAGAUGAUGCGGCACGGCAGAAGACGGAGCAAGAGCUUCAGGAUGAAGAGGAUGAAUUGGAAGAAGACUAUGAGGCAUCUGGAGGAGAGAGUGAUGGCGAGGGAGAGGACAGCGGGGAAGAUGAUGGCGAGGAAGGCGAAGGGUAUGAAAACGGAUACGAUGAAGACAAUGAGUAA